AUGUACCAAAACGCUCGGCGAGACAUAUUACGGGCGUUGACCAGACUACCAAACCGGCAAUCCCUGACGACAGACUACAUUUUGGGUCAAGGAACCCUUCAGGGCGACGCAGACUUUAUAAGCCCACACGAGGAUGAACAGAAGAUAUCGUGUAUUAUGGGAGCAUUGGACUCGGUCAUAGAUCGUUGCGAAGAUACGGUUCGCUACACCAGCCGUACCCUUCUCUGCUGGCUGCUCAGCUCACGACUUCAAAGCCCCCGGGAAAUUCCCUUCGGUCUCGUGGCAGAGAGGAAUAGCGAGCUCAGAUAUAGGCAGAUUGAGAAAAAAUUCUUGGCCUUCACUUUUCGGACGUACCGAAUGCCAAGCUAUGCUCGACAAGAAAUGGCAGACAUCAGGCUGAACUCGACACUCUCCGCUCGACUAGAGCAGAUUUGGAACCAUAGAGUCUGGGACCUAUUUGACACAUCGAAGGGGCUCUGGCCUAGGAUGGAAAGUCAGAGUUGUUAUGAAGGGAUGCACGGUGAUAGACAAGAUGAAGAGGGGGAUAGCGGGGAUGAUGAUGACGACGACGUGGAGGACUGGGAGCUCGAAGACGACGAGGAUGACUACGAUGAUGAUCCUGGAUACGACAGCGACCUUCUCGGAACCAACAAAGAGCCCCACUCAGAACCGCUUAUCAGAGCGGAGGGCAAGUCUGUCAAGCCAGCAUUCGACGAGUUCCUUGAGCUUCUGUUCCACCUAUGUCUCACGCUAUGCACCGAGACAUUCAUCGAUGGACAGCCAGGCUCUACGUUAUUGGUAUACUUCAGUGGGGUUCUUGGGUUCUCUGGAGACUGUCGCAAGUUUCUACUCGCCCGGCAGUACUGCCCCCAACUGUCAGGAAUCAUCUAUAUCCAGCGCAUAUUGCUUCUGGAGCGUGCAUUACCGCUAUGUCCAUAUCCCAUUAUCGGCAUUCCGCAGCGGCCGCGGACGGAGCAGCUCGAGACCUUGAAUAAAAUUCGAGAAAAGUACAUGGUUUUAGGCUCGCAAUCCCCAGUCGCAGAGCUGGUGAGCCUUCGAGACUUUGGCCGCAAUGCUGCCCGCACCGAGCCACCAUCGACCCUCUUCCACUGGAGCAGUGACGGC